AUGGCUACACAACCAUCGGGAAAGCGCCCCUUAGCCUCGGACACCCCCGAACCACAAGUCAAACGACAGCGGAUGGAUAACAUAAAUAAUAACGGAGGUCUCACAUCGCUUGAUCGGGCUAUAUCACCUCCACCUCUCCGCCGAGAGCCUUCUUCAAUGGCUUUGCAGGUUCCGGCAAUCGAUGAGACUAACGGUGAUAUCUUCGUGAGGGCAUACCUUAAAGAUAGACAAAAUCAAACAAUAAAGCACGUAGAUACCAUCGACCUUACUUGCGAAGAACAGGCGCCCCCCGAUGGUUCUAUUAUAAACGCUCAUGUUGAUCACGAGCAGAAGCAAGAGGAAGAGAGAUUGAAGCCAGAAUCCCAUGAAAAGAAAGUAAAUAAUGGAUUUAUGACUGGGCAGGGCCAAACAAAACGAUUGGCAUCUCCUUUUCAGUUGACAUGGAUUAGAGACCUCCCGGACUCCGAUAAUGUCGAUGCUAUUAGCAUUCAUGACAUCCUAGGUGAUGUUAUGAUUAAGGAGGCAUGGAUAUUCAACUUUCUGAUUGAUGUCGAUUGGGUGAUGAAUCAGUUUGACCCGGAUAUAAAAGAUAUCGUAGAUGUCAAAAUUGUUCAUGGGAGCUGGCGGAAACAAGACGCAAUGCAGGAACAGGCUAGUAGAUAUCGUAAUGCUAAAAUUAUCUCCGCCUAUACGCCAGAGCCUUUUGGAACCCACCACACAAAGAUGAUCAUUUUGUUCCGACAUGACCAACUUGCACAGGUUAUUAUUCAUACCUCAAAUAUGAUUGAGUUUGACUGGACGAAUAUGACACAAGCAGUAUGGCGCUCACCACUCCUGCCACUCAUAUCAAUUCAAAACCCGUUAGAUGUCUCAGUACCAAAACCAAGGCCGAUUGGAGAGUCGUUCAAGAACGGCCUGCUGGCAUACCUCAGAGCGUAUGGUAAAAGUCGUGUUGGUAGUCUAUACGACAAGCUGGGGAAAUACUCAUUUAAUGAAGUUAGGGCUGUAUUUGUUGCCAGUGUUCCUGGGAAGUAUCAAUUGAACGGCCGGGGAGCAGGGGAGCGGUGGGGAUGGAUGGGUCUGAAAAGAGCUCUGAGUAAUAUUCCAUUGAGUAAUAACCUCCAUGACAAAGAUGGCGACAAAGGGAGAAUAGUAUUGCAGGUAUCCUCUAUUGCGACAUUAGGAUCGAUGGACACUUGGCUAUCUCCAGUUCUUUACAAAGCUUUAUCGGCGGCUAGAAACAUCACGAUGCCACCAUCAGGUUCUAUACUGGCGGAAAAACCUAAGCUCUCGAUCAUUUUCCCGACAGCCCAAGAGAUCCGCAAUUCCCUAAAUGGUUAUGCUUCCGGCCAAGCAAUUCAUAUUAGAAUUCAAACAAAGCCGCAGGAAUCACAACUCAAAUACCUGCGCCCUUUUUUGUGUCAUUGGGAUCCAUCUUCGGACUCAUCAUUCGUGCAGUCACCCUCUCUCACAAAUCAAACUAAUAGUACUCACUCUGGACGUACUCGGGCUGCGCCACAUAUUAAAUCAUAUAUACGUUUCACCGAUCAGACAUGUAGGAGUGUUGAGUGGGCCAUGUUGACAUCGGCGAAUCUCUCCACUCAAGCAUGGGGCACUGCUCUGAAAAAUCCGAGCGGUGGUUUUCUUGGACCAGGACAGGGCGAAGUCAAGAUCAGUAGUUACGAGGUUGGCGUGCUUAUUUACCCGGAGCUCUUUGAAGACAGCAAUGAGGAUAAAGUUGAGAUUAUCCCUGUGUUUAAGAAGGAUACUCCAGAUGUGAGCAUAGAUAAUUCUAAGAGUGCCAAGGUUAUGGGUUUGAGGAUGCCUUAUGAUUUACCAAUCAGGCCUUACGGAAAAGAUGAUGUACCGUGGUGUGGAAGUAAGAGUUAUGCGGAAUUAGAUUGGAGAGGAAAAAGCUGGGAGAUAUAG